AUGAAGAGGUCCACUGUUUUCAGCACCGGGGUGAAAGUGUGUCCACAGGAGACCAUGUCGGAGGUCAUAGCCAGCCACCGCGCCUACUACAGGAUGAGAGUGUGUCAGGAGGCGGUGUGGGAGGCGUUCCAGAUCUUUCUGGACAGAGUCCCUGACACCAUCGAGUACCAUCAGUGGGUGGAGGCCUGUCAAAGGGACUCUCUCUGCGUAGAUGACCUGGCCAGAAACUUCAGCAGCAACCAGGAGCAUCUCGACAUGGUUGCAAAGAGGGUGAAUCCCACAGAGCUCCACCUGGAAAGUGGCUUUCCUUUGGCAACACACACGCCGGGUGGAGAUAAGUGUUCAAAGACUGCCGCCAAGCUAGUGAUCAUUGGAAGUGAAGAGACAACAGAGACUCUAAACGUCAUUCCCGAGGAGGUGGAAGAGCAGAUCAUCGUGGAGUUCAGUGUGACUAUAUUGGAACCAGGCUAUAGUGAGCUUCUGGCUGACCCUGACACCCCCCAGUACCACGACAUAACACAGACCCUCAAAGAGCAGAUGGUACAUAUCUUGGACAAACUUCCUGGAUUUAAAGAGAUUCGGAUGUUGGGAUUUCGGCCCGAGGAUGUCUCUGUGCAUUACGCUGUGGUGUUUGAGAACGGCCACCCCACUGAGCCAGGCGGAGAAGUGGCGGAGCCCCCCACUGAAAUGGACUUGAGGCAACUGGUAGCCAAGGCCCUGAGCGAGGACACGUCGCUCCCGGUGGACAUCCUCUCACUCAGUUUUGGCUCAGACUCCGCACCCACUCAGCGAGGAGAAGAACAGGGGGCAGCCGAGGACACAGCUGCCCCUGAUGAUGGUGGUGAAGUAAUCCCUGAAGAUGUCAUGGAGCCUCCUGCAACGACCCCCUUAACGGUCACGGAGCACCCCCCUACUGAGGCAAUCAGAGUCCCAGAGCUGGAGGACACAGAGGGGGACUCGGAGCUCGAGAAUCUCAUGCCUGCUGAACAGGAAAUAGAAGGAGUUGAUAUGACACCUGAGGAUGCCUUACCACAAGACUUGGAACCUAUGGAGUUGGACGAUACUGAAGUAGUACUCGAAGCAGCAACUGUCCCUCCCUCUGGGGGUGCCGUGAUGGAGACAGGUGCCACCACCAUAGAGUCUGUGCAGACAGAAUCCACCAUUCUAUCACCAUCGGCCAUCCAACCCAGCGAGGAACCUACAGACACUCCUGCCACAUCUGCAUCUAUAGAAACCGUCGAGGCACCUGCAGUAACUGACACAAUCGAGUCGGUGGAACCAGUAGAGGCUCCUUCUGUGCCAACUAGUCUUGAGCCUGUAGAACCAGUAGAAGCUCCCUCAGUCCCUAGCACGCCUGAGCCUGACCUGCCCAUGGACGUCCCUGCUGUUGAGACAACGAUACAACCAGUUGGACCAGUAGAGAUCCCCCCUGAACCCACAGUCUUAGAACCUGUAGAGCCCAUAGAGGUCCCCUCGGAACCCAGCUCCACCGCUGACACUGGAACCCCAGCCGUUCCACUACCAGAAGAGGAGGGCCAGGAAGUUCCUCCAAAGGUGGAAGUCCUGGAGAACGAGCAGGGCAUGCAAGAAGACCGGGAACAGACUGAGAUGUUGGACUACAGCAGCGGGGACGCCCCCGAGUCCAACGAGACUGUGACUGCACCUCCACAACUCAGACUCUUGACUACGCCGUCCAUGGUAGCCUCCAACCAGGCCAAUGAUCUGGUGGUGUUCUUUAGCUUAAGAGUGACUAACAUGAUUUUUUCUGAGGACCUGUUCGACAAGAGCUCCCCCGAGUACAAAUCCCUGGAGAACACAUUCCUUGAGCUGCUUCUGCCAUAUCUGCAAUCAAAUCUGACAGGAUUCAAAGAGCUUGAGAUCCUCAACUUCAGGAACGGCAGCGUGGUGGUGAAUAGCAAGAUGAAACUGGAGAAGCCGGUGCCCUACAACGUCACGGAGGCAGUGACCUGCGUACUGGAGGAGUUCUGCAAUGCCGCAUCCAAGCGGCUCGACCUGGAGAUCGACAGCGGCUCUCUGGAUGUCGAGGCGGCGGACCACGCGGACCCGUGCAAGUUUAUGGCGUGUAACGACUUCUCCCGCUGCGUGGUCAACACGUGGUCCAUGGAGGCCGAGUGCCUGUGCGACCCGGGCUACAGCAUGGUGGACGGCCUGCCCUGCCAGAGCACCUGCGCGCUGGAGCCCGACUACUGCCUGAACGACGGCCAGUGCGAGAUCAUCGCCGGGCACGGCGCCACCUGCAGAUCCCCAGACAGCUCUACACCACCAGAUCCGACAAGCUAGUUUCAGACAUAGUCGACUUCCAUCACUGCAUCCCACACAAUGAGACAUGGAGGAUAGACGACGAGUAUCGGUCAUCUUGUUGCCUUCUGAGGGGAGCUGACAGCGACGGCUUUGAAGUGACUGUUUUAUGAUGAUGGACCUCCGAGGCCACCCUGAUUGACAGUGCAAUACGGGAACCAAAGGUCUCUGCUGCUCCUGACCGUGUGUGGACUGAGCUGGACCUCUGGCUGAGGGGGACAGGACUUCUGGUCACAGGACAGGACCAACUGGGACUGGAGAUUUCACAUCAGUAAUCGAGGAUUCACACUAAAAAAGAAUGCAGUUCUAAUCCUGAAGUAUGUACUGUACACUGGUCUAAAAUACUGCUUCAAUGCGCUCACAUACAGUAUGUGUACUGAGGACUAGGAGUGUUGUAUCGUGUCAUAUACCCUUGUCAAAAAGGUUGUUUCUCUUCCCUCACAAUGAGGUUGUAUACAUAUUGGAUACACUUGCUGGUAUCAUGACUGGAGACAAGAAGAUGUGUAGCUGUCUAGCCUUCUUCAGAGUCCCAAAAAUAAGAUGAAUGUAAAAUAAGCUGCUUGUUAUUUUUCUUACUUGCCAUUUACAGAAGUACUGUACGGUAUGUCUUCCUUUUUAUGUACCUCAAUCAUAUGCCCAUGUAUUAAAUAUCCCCAUAUAAACGCAUAUCUAGUGCUAUUUAAUAUCAUCCACCCAUCUCUCUUGCUCCUCCCAAUCACG